AUGGCGGCACGCCACCAUUUGGAGCAGGCCGAACUGGAAGUUCAAGGCUCAACCUUUUGGUCUCUAGAAGCAGCGCAGGCCAUGUUGCGUUUCCAUCAUUGGGCACCCUUCUUGCUGAGUCCAGUGCUAUCUAAGGCGGCAAUGAAAAGCGGUGUCGAACUGACCGAAACUAUCCGUAAUGCUUUGAGAAAUGGGGGCCAAGGCGGAAAGAACUUCGCCGACUUGCCGCAGUAA